CGGCGCGAGCAGAGCAGUCGCCUCGCUCGCCGAGAGCCGCGAGCACCGCCGUCCGACUCGAUCCUCCGCCGCCUCCCGCGCUUUCGGCCCGAAUUGCGGCCGACGCCGAGCUUGCCAGCCGACCCAACCCGCGCAGCCGACCUUUUUGCUUCUGGAAGUCGCGUCCACGAGCAGCAGACGUUUCAAAGAUGACUAGCAUACGCCAGACAACGACCACGAUGUACUCUUCGAAUUCGGCACACCCGACCCUGCUGGACAAUGGGUCGCCAAUGGACGGAUCACUUGAUCUGCUGCUGGAAGAUCUGCAAAGCAGCGUGUCGCGGCCCGGCUCGUCUGCAGGCCACAACAACCUGACCAACGGCCACGUGACCACGACCACGACGACCACGAAGCGCCAGCAACACUACGGCCAGCCGCACCAGCCCCAGCAACACGUCGGCGGAAUCCAGUACCUGCAGCCGAUGAACUCGACCACAGUGGUCGCCGAGAGGGCUUCCAGCCCGCACACCGUCUCCUCGUACAAGACCUACCAGUACCAGUACACAACCUCUUCGGCAGCUCCGCAAGAUGUUCCGGCGCCGCAGCAACAGCAGCACACAUCAUCGACGCAGUACCAGUACAGAGGCAGCUCUCCGCAGCAGGAAGUGCCGGACACGCGUUUGCGGCAGAACCUGAACGAGCUGGACAGCCUGCUGGUGGACCUGCACCACGCGCAGCAGUCGACCCCUCUGGAGCCGAACGAGCUGACGUCGUCGCAGCACGUGAGCCGCGUCGUGCGCACCUUCCAGCAGCAGCAAUACCAGCCGCCGCAGCCGCAGCAAUACCAACAGCCGCAGCCGCUGCCGUACCAACAGCCGCAGCAGGCGGACAACCACACGUACGGCACGCCCAACACCGUGCGCAGGGAGCUGCAGUAUCCGCCCUCGCCCAAACUGGAACGAUCGUCUUCCCUGAACAGGAGAGGCCUCCCUGGUGUUAGGGCACCUUCACCCUCCAGACAGGUGACAACGACAGUGAAGACGUACACGUACGAGAUCCCGGUGGACAACGGGGUGAACGUGAAGCCGGUGGUGGGCACGCCGAUUGUAAACACGUACUCGUACGAGAUCCCCGUGGACCAGCCAAAGCCCGAGGACACGAUCAUCACGUACAAGUACGCCGGCCUGCCCAAGAGCCGCGCCUUGGAGCCUCCCAAGGAGCCGCCGGUGCUGGUCGACCGGCCGAUCAACUCGUACAGUCUGCACUACACGAUGCAGACGCAGCAGAGCGAGCCGCCCCACAAGCCCUUCCCGUCGCCCGCCAUGACCCCGCCGCCGUCCGCCGAGCCCCCCAAGCGCCUUGAGGAACUCCUCGCCUCCUUUUCAGACACUGUUGACUCAGGAGACAUGCACAACGAGCACCCCGUGCCAGCCGCUCCGUUGGAAGAGUACCUGACCGAAGUGCCAAUCGCGCCUCCCUCUCCAGUGAGACAGAGAAAAAUUGAGCCUGAGAAACCAUCAGCCUUGCAGCAAGAAAGAAUGAUGUCCAAGAACAUCGCAGGCCCUCCCGUCUACUACCCGCCCGGCGUGGAAAUGUUCGCCAAGAAGGACGAACCAGUUCGCGCCAAAAUGAAGGAAGGCGCCUCAAGCAGCGAGAGCAAAUCCUCAGGUGGCGGCGUUGCUGCGGUGCCAGUGUGCCUGCCGGUCUGUUGUGCCAUGCCCUGUGUCAUCAUGUAAUAACACAUUAAUAAAUGGAAACGACGAACUUUCAAUUUCACUCUUCUACUUCGCUCUCGAGGGAAUUAUUAUUUUGGAACCGCAGCUAGUGAUGGUGCAGCCGUGCGUAAUUAUUUAAGUUGCUCUACGUCUUGUACAUUUGCGCAUUUUAACCAGGCAAUCUAUAUGAAUGUAUUGUAUUGUAUUGGCCUUUUUGCCGCUCAAAAAUUACUACAGAAAAUAAAUACGCGCCGAAGUGUUCAUUUGUGGUGAUGUCCUGUUUUUUUGAUGUCACUGUGAUUUGGGGCUUCUGUCGAAGCUUUUUAUAUACAUGCUAUAAAACACGUGAGCCUUUACUGAUGCCUUCUGGAGGAAAAUCUUGCUGUAUUUUUAGGAGGAAUAUAUACUUGUAAAAUGGACAUGAUUCCAUAUUGGGCAAUCAUAUGUAAAUAACACAACCUCUGUUGAAUAAAUUGACAUCAUUAAUUACAGAA